CAUAAUUUUAAUGCAUUAAUGCACUUUACUUGUGUUAUGUGUACAAAAUCUAUACAGUAGAGUUUACAACAUAUUUUAGUAUAUAAUUAUCUUAUUUUCCAUUAUUGUCGUUUACGUUUAAUCUUGGAUAAUGUAUAGUGAUUAACUUUCUAUUCAAUACAAUUUGUAUCAUACAAAAUAGUGUUUUAUGUAAAUAAAUAUGUCGGCAAGAGACAAGUGGGUUCGCCGGUUUUCUAUCGACGAGACAGCAAAACAUAAAAACGGUUUUACGAUUUACAAGAUAACAUCCGUUCUCUUUCCAAUAGACUCUCCAGAAGCGGUGACAGUGAUAUCAGUAUGGAAAAGAUAUAGCGACAUCCAGCAGCUGCACAAGUCUAUGAAAUCACUACACAGUGGGCUACAUCUUAAAGGAACAUUCCCGCAGCUAGCUAAAAGCAGUUUCUUUAAAAGGUUUCAUCCAGAGGUGAUUGAUGAAAGAGCAAAAACAAUUAAGGCCCUUCUAGAGUUCGUCGCGGAACACAGGCUGUUGUUUACGAGCACUGACUUCGUUAAUUUCCUUCAGACCGGUUAUCCAGAACCUGAUCCAAAGCCUUCUGGAGUGAUCAACGCGAUACGAUCGUCACUUCAUUUGCCGAUAGAGGAAAAUCCACCUUUAGAAUACCAGACAUCGGACGAUGAAGCCAGGAGUCCUACCGCGCAAAAUCAGAAUCCAGAUAACGCAGACCCGGGCAUACCGACGGACAUCGAGAUAUCGCAGAUACCAAUAUACGAGGCGGCCGACGUCGAAAUAAGGGAGUCCCCCGAAACGAGUCCGAAAGCGUCCGACUCGGACAGCUUCGAGUCCAUAAACUCCCUGGACGGCAUCGACGGCUCGCCGCUCGAGGAGGCGAGCGACCUCGUCUCGGGCGGCGGCGCGUCCACGUCGCGGGCCAGCGCGCCGUCCCGCUCAGUCGCGCGGCGUGCGAGCGGGACGCAGGCGGCGCUGCAGCGCGCGGCGCGCUGCGAGCGUCGCGGCGCGUUCGCGGCCGCCUUCGCCGCCUACCGCGCCGCCGUGGGGGCGCAGCUGCGCGCCGCCGCCGCGGAGACGGACCCUCAAAUUCGAGCGCAAAUGAAGGAGGAAAUAAACAAAUAUCUAACACAUGCAGAAGCUUUAUACAAGAAUCAUCUUAGCAACGACGAUUUGAAUUUAAGUUGCAAACGCGCUGAACCCGUCCGCCGCCCGCAGGCGCCCCCCGCCCCCCCGCGCGGCCCGCACGCGGCGCUGCCGCUGCGCGUGCUGCGCGCGUGCCGCUCCGAGCUGGGCGCGUACCGCGUGCUGGCGCGCCGCGCGCGCGUGCUGCUCGUGCUGCACCGCCAGCAGCAGCACUGCCGCGCCAUGAAGGUCAUCCAAAAAAUACCAAAAAAUCUAACGGAUUUCGAUGAUUAUUUCCACCAAAGAUCAAAUGAGACUCGACAACCGAUCCUCCCCACGCUCAUUCCGUACAUGGUCCCCCUACACGCGUACGUGGAGACAGAAGACCUCAUAUUUCUCAUACUCUCCUACGCGCCCGGCGAGCGAUUAUUCGAUUACAUCAAAAAUUAUAAACACUCAUCACCGAAUACGAGAGAAGUCAAUUUAGAACACGUGUUCAAUGAACAAAGAAAACGUACCGCAGAUAUCGAUGUACAAAACGAUAAUAUUAAUAAAAUCGAUGUUUGCGAUGACGUCAACGAAAAUUUAGAAGGAACUGAUGUCUUGGACAACGUCGAUAUGUCGGUAAAUGAAUUAGUUAAAAAUUCUCAGAAGCUACUUCUAAAUGUGGACAGAGUGCUGACAGAGGUGCCGAAUAUGAGUAGUGUACGAAAAGAAGAUAAAGUUGAGGUGGAGGAGGAAAAGGGAGGGAAGAUAGAGAGAGAGACUGAAAGAAUUGAAAUAGACAGUAAUUUGCCUCAACCUAAAUCCGAGAUACCUCCGUCAGCUGUGUGUCGGUGGGGAGCCGAGAUACUGACCGCUUUGGAAAGUUUACAUAAUUGUGGAGUUAUAUGGAGAGACCUGCGCCCGCGCAACGUGCUGCUGGGUGCGCGCGGACACGUGCUGCUGUCGUACUGCGUCGCGUACGCCGACAGUGACGUCACGCUCGCCAACCUCGCGCGCUCCGGGGAGAAGGAUUGUCUGUUCGUGGCUCCGGAGCUGCUGCAGCUCGGACACGACCCGACGGACGUCGCCUGCGACUUCUGGAGCUUCGGAGUUAUCAUGUACGAGCUGUUAUGUGGCUACCCCCCCGCGGCGCGGCGCCCCCCCGCCCCCCCGCGCGCGCUGCCCACCGACGCGCGCGCGCUGCUGUCGCAGCUUCUAACCCUUAACCCAGCGGAACGUCUCGGUUCAGGGAAAGAUGGCAUCGAAGAGAUCAAACAGCAUCCGUACUUCCGGCACAUCGACUGGCAGGAGGUCUACGAUAGCUGGAUUGUCCCGGAUUGAUGUGACUACGUCUAAAUGAUAGGUUCACGUGACGGAUUAAGGAAUAAUAUUGUGAUAUAGAAGUAAACUCGUAUUUAUAUUUUUAUGUAAAUAUUUAAUAAUUAAGAUUGAAGAAAGUUAUUACGGAUAGGUAUUUCUUGAUUUUUUUCAUUGAAUAGUAAGAGAAUACUUCAUAUAUACAGCAAUUUAGAAUUUUGUCUGUUAUCUAUCUUUAUCCAUGACGUCACAGUUUUAUUUAACAAUGGCUUACCCACAAUAGAGUAGGAUCGAUCUCUAUAUUAUUCCACCAAUGAUACAAUUUUUGUAUCUCUAGUUAUAUCUAGACUUCAAACGAGCAAUUGAAUUAGUCUAAAAACUUCGAAAUAAUAGCUUUUACCUUAGUUAGUCGAGUCUCACAAUAAUUGUUUAAAAAUAUAUAUAAUUCAUCUGAGUGUCUUUCGCCGGUUCUUGUUAACUCUAAAAUAUUUAUUUCCGAACCGGUGGUAGAUUUUUGUCAAACAAGCAACGCUUCUAUUGAAAAGCGGUAUAAACCGGUUAGGAAACCGGUACAAACUGGUUAUUUUUAUAUUUCCAGCUGUAUUUAAUUGUAUCCUUUAUAUAUAACUAAACUUCCUACAAUUAAAUAUAUAGUUUUAUCCGCAUAAGAUUCUCAGUAUUCUGUAAUUAUUAUAUAUUAGAUUGUCAGUAUAUAAAACAAAUGUUAUAAUAACAUUAAUAUAUUUAGUAAUUUUAUAUUCAGAAUAUUAAUGUAUUACUUUAUUGGUUAUGAUUCUUUUUUAAAUUAGUUCCUUUAUAUUAUUGAAAUGCAUUCCUUGUCAAAAUUCUAGUCUUAUUUAGAUUUUUUUUAGUUUUAAUUGAGAAAAUAUAUAUGUCAGAUUCAUGUACUGGCAUUUCAAAACGUUGUUAGAUUUUCUUA